AUGGGGCACCGUCAACCCCGUUUUCUUUGUGCAUUCGUUUGGGUACCGUCAAAUUGCUACUUGCAGCCUAAAAAGUCUGUCAAGAUUUCUUUGACAUCAAUAAAUACUACAAACAUAAUUGUUGAUGUUGAACAUGAUGAAUCUGUAGAUGAUCCUAAACCUAUAGUUGUGAAUGCUGUACAUGAAAAUAAUGAACCUGUGAAGUCUAUACAUGAACCCACACAAGAUGUACAGUGUGGUAUUAAUGUAAUUUUAGAUUUAGGUGAUAUUGACUCGGGCACAGCAAGUAAAAAAAAAAUUUAA